UUUGAGACUACCAUCGCAUUCACUGUCUUGCUAUGUGUGUCUAUGUGUCUUGGAUAUCUCAUGAGGGUUAUCCGAUAUUUUUGAUCAUUAAACCCGCUUAGCUGCAUAUCUGCGCAUAACGGUGGGCCGAACUGCAGACCCACCCGGUCCCGCAGCGUCAUCACAAGGAAGGAUCAGGGAACAGCUUCCGAGUCACAGCGACGCCGGACCGGACCCGCCCUGGAUGCCCUACCCCUUUCCGGCCACCCGAAAUAGCGCGACUAGCUCCGGCAACCUCCAACCUAACCAGAACAUCACCAACUCAGACACUACCUAACCUCAUAACCGCCACUGUCAUGGCCACCCACCGCCUGACCUUCCUCUACCCCCACCUAUUCAAAUCAACAGCCCGCUGGGGUGAGCCCGCAAUCGCUGUCCGAGGAGCUCGUCGCAAGUCGCAACACCCACCUGCCUUCCUCUGCCAACACCAACACCAUGGCUUCACAUCGCCCUCGGCCGGGAGACAAGCCGCCUUUGCCAAACGAGCCGGCAAGGGCGUAGAGCCACUGCCACACCACGAGACCUCUGACCUGCCCCCUAAACCCGCGCAAGACAGCAAGCAAGAUGGAGCUGGGAAGCGUAGUCAAGAUUCGAAGCCAGGGGACGAAGGGAAACAGCAAGAAACAAAACAAGACGCCCCCGAAAGUCAGCAAGAGACUCACCACAAAACAAUCAAACCCACCACCCCCGCCGAAACCCAAACCAGCGGUCCAAUCCACGACCCUCCUCCUCCGCCACCACCACCCCAACCCGCCCACGACCCCUCCACAAUCGAACUCCCUCCCCCAUCCGACAUCGACCCGAUCACCCAAACGAAAAAGGGGUCACCAAUGGAUGAAAUUCUCCACAUGGGCCCUCCCCCCUCUUCCUCCCCGGACGCGCCAUCAUCACCUAUAACCCCCUCCUCCCCCUCAGAACCACCCCCCUCAACCACAGAAACCACCACCACCACCACCACCACCACCACCAUCUCUUCCCAAGAGAACGCAACCACCCAACAAAAACCCAAACAAACCUACAUUCACCACUUCGACUCCUACUCCCUAGUCAAACACCUCUCGUCCCCCGACCAACCCCCCAAAUACACCCUCCCCCAAUCCAUCGCCCUCAUGAAAGCCAUCCGCGCCCUCCUCGCCCACAACCUUGACAACGCCCAAUCUGGCUUAGUGUCUCGCUCUGACGUUGACAACGAAACCUACCUCUUCCGCGCCGCCUGCUCCGAGCUCUCGACCGAAGUCCGCAAAAACCGCCGGGUAGCCGACGAGCAGCUCCGGCAGCAGAGAACACACCUCCAGCACGAAGUCGAUAUCCUCACCCAGCGGCUCAAUCAAGACCUGUUGACACUUACAGACAGCGUAAGGGGCAUGUUCAACGACCGUAAGAUGGCUGUUAGAGAGGAGCAAAAGGCUGUUGAAUCUAGGAUUCAACAAAUUAAUUACAAAAUAUCGGUCAUGUUGAACUCGGAUUCGAAAUCCGAGAUUGAAGAGGUGAGGUGGGUCUUGAUUAGGAGGUCCGUCCUCGGGAUUUUGUUCAUGGCCGUCUUGACGCUCGGCACGUUGAGGUACGCCACAUUUGUGAAUAGCAAACGGAAAAGGGAGAUGGAACAGAGGCAAAAAGAGCAAGAGGAGAUGAGGAGGAGUAACGGGAUGAAGGAUCACAGUCCUGCGCCCGAGGCGGCGCAGAUUUUGGCUGCUAGCUAGUGACGGGCGAGCAGAGAAGGGGAAAUGUAAUAAUAUCACGAGAAAAUAUCGAGUAGUGAGUGAUCACCAAACAGAGAUGAAAACUGUAAAUAGUCACC